GAAAUCAUAAUCGACAUUCAAAAUGGGUUCCACGACCGAUUACCAAAGUGAUGUAGAGGUGGAGGUGGAUGAGAAUAAGCACUUGACUUUACCCAAUGUCGGAGAUGCGUCGUCGGUCGAAAAGUUCUCAGAACUUAACCUUUCUGAUAAAACCAUGAAGGCCCUCGUCGAAGACAUGAAAUUUGAGACGAUGACCGAAAUUCAACGAAGAGGUAUUCCACCACUCUUGGCAGGAAGAGAUGUUCUCGGUGCUGCAAAGACGGGUUCCGGAAAAACAUUGUCGUUCUUGAUUCCUGCGGUUGAGAUGCUACAUUCUCUGCGAUUCAAACCGAGAAAUGGUACCGGUGUUAUCGUCGUCUCACCUACGAGAGAAUUGGCAUUGCAAAUUUUCGGUGUCGCUAGAGAAAUCAUGGCUCAUCAUUCGCAGACUUAUGGUAUCGUUAUGGGCGGCGCGAAUCGAAGAGCAGAGGCGGAGAAAUUGGCAAAGGGCGUCAAUCUUUUGAUUGCUACACCAGGACGACUUCUCGAUCAUUUACAAAAUACACAAGGAUUUGUUUUCAAGAACUUGAAGGCGUUGGUUAUCGAUGAGGCGGAUCGAAUUCUGGAAGCUGGUUUCGAAGAUGAGAUGAAGCAAAUUGUUAAGGUUUUGCCAAAGGAUGAUCGUCAAACCAUGCUCUUUUCCGCAACGCAAACUACCAAGGUCGAAGAUCUCGCAAGAAUUUCCCUUCGUCCAGGACCUCUUUACAUCAAUGUUGAUAAUAAGAAGGAACACAGCACAGUUGAAGGUCUCGAACAAGGUUACGUCGUAUGCGAUUCCGAUAAACGAUUCCUCUUACUCUUCUCUUUCCUCAAGCGCAACCUUAAGAAGAAGAUUAUUGUCUUUUUCUCCAGUUGCGCUUGUGUUAAAUAUCAUGCCGAACUUCUCAAUUAUAUCGAUUUACCAGUUCUCGACUUGCAUGGUAAACAGAAGCAACAAAAACGUACAAAUACCUUUUUCGAAUUCUGCAAUGCUAAACAAGGUACACUUAUUUGCACAGAUGUUGCGGCUAGAGGUCUUGAUAUCCCUGAUGUAGACUGGGUAAUUCAAUUCGAUCCUCCUGAUGACCCAACAGAUUAUAUCCACCGUGUCGGUCGAACUGCUCGAGGAAGUGACGGAAAGGGACGUUCCCUUCUCUUCCUUCAACCAUCCGAGGUUGGUUUCCUUACUCAUCUCAAGACUGCACGUAUCCCCGUUGUCGAAUUCGAAUUCCCAGCAUCAAAAAUCGUCAAUAUCCAAAGUCAACUCUCGAAAUUAAUCGCACAAAACUACUAUUUAAAUAAGAGCGCCAAGGAAGGUUACAAGAGUUAUCUUCAAGCUUACGCAAGUCACUCCCUCCGCAGUGUCUUUGACGUUGGAAAGUUAGAUUUGAUCAAGGUCGCUAAGAGUUUUGGAUUCGAUGCUCCUCCAAGAGUAGACAUAAAUAUCUCGGCUGGAAUGAAGGACACCGCGCCAAAGAAGAGACCUUAUGGAAGUCAACCUAAACAAGGAGGUACCUAUAAGAAAAGGAAGUUCUAGGCAGUGUGGUGGUAUGGAGAAGCUGGUUGCAUUAGGGUUCUUGUAGGCAAGGUGUUAUUCAGGUGGGAAAAUUAUGUGGGCUUUGUUUGGGCUUUAAAGGGGGUUUUUUAUA